CGCCGCCGCCGCCGCCGCCCGCGCGCCCACCGCCGGCCCCGAGCGGCCUCCGGGCCCCGCCGCCGGCACGCGAGCCCGACCCGGUCGCCGCCGAGGCCCCGACUGCGUCCGGACCAGAGCAGCAGGGCGAGGCCCGAUGGCGCGCGCGUGCGCGCAGUGAGCAGCCGGCGGUCCCGGGCCCGGGGCGCGGAUGCAGCUGCGCAGGAUGCAGGCCAUCAAGAGGGAGCAGGCGGCCGAGCCCGGCGCCGAGCGGGCGGCCGCGCAGCCCGACGCGCCCGACGAGCCGGCGGCCGAGGAGCUGCUGCCCGGCGAGGGGGGCGCGGCCCGGGGCCGGGCGGCCGCGUCGUGCCGCCGCAAGCGCGAGUUCAUCCCCGACGACAAGAAGGACGCCAUGUACUGGGAGAAGCGGCGCAAGAACAACGAGGCAGCCAAGCGCUCGCGCGAGAAGCGGCGCCUCAACGACCUGGUGCUGGAGAACAAGCUGGUGGCGCUGGGCGAGGAGAACGCCACGCUCAAGGCCGAGCUGCUGGCGCUCAAGCUCAAGUUCGGCCUCAUCAGCGCGGCCGCCUACGCGCAGGAGGUGCAGAAGCUCAGCCACGCGGCCGCCGCCUACUUCCAGGACUACCCGGCCUGCAAGGCGGCCGCGGGCGCGCUGGCCGAGGAGCCCGAGCCCGCGCUGGCCGCCGGCGGCUGCGUCUCGGUCAUCAAGCACUCGCCGCAGAGCGCGCCGGCCGACGGCGCCGAGGGCCCGGGGCUCGAGCCCGCGCCCGAGCGCGCGCCCCCCGCCGCCGCCUUCCCGCUCAUCAAGCAGGAGCCCCUGGAGCUGGAGGGCUUCGCCCGCGAGCCCCGCGACGACCCGGGCCCCUUCCGCGCGUCCGCGUUCCCGCCCUACAUGGGCACCCCCUUCCCCGGCUACGCGCACUCCCCGCCGCUCCUGCAGGCCAGCCGCUCGUCCAGCAACUCGCCCAGGACGUCAGAGACGGACGAGGGCGUGGUGGGCAAGGCCUCGGACGGCGAGGACGAGCAGCAGGUGCCCAAGGGGCCCAUCCACUCUCCCGUGGAGCUGCAGCGGGGACACGCCACGGUGGUGAAGGUGCCCGAGGUGAACCCCUCGUCCGCCUUGCCGCACAAGCUGCGCAUCAAAGGCAAGGCCAUGCAGAUCAAGGUGGAGGCCUUCGACCACGAGUUCGACGGCGCGCCCAAACUGGCCUCCUCGCCCAUCGACAUGACCUCCCGGGGCCACUUCGAGCUGGACAAACACAGCAGCCCGGGCAGGGUCCACCCUUCCCUCCCACCCUUCUCCGUGCAGGUGACGAACAUUCAGGACUGGUCCCUCAAAUCCGAACACUGGCCCCAAAAAGAACUCCACGGCCAGACGCAGCACAGUUUCAAAACGGGCGGGGUGGAAAUGAAAGACAGCAGGUACAAAGUUUCUGACCCCGAGAAUUUGUUUUUGAAGCAGGGGAUAGCAAACUUCCCGGCAGAGGUGGUCUCGCUGAAGAGACUCAUCGCCACACACCAAAUCUCGGCUUCCGACUCUGGGUGAAUUACUACUGAAGCGGCUCAGGGCGUUCGGGAAGGGGGUCAGGCGCUGGCUGUAGAGGAGUGCAUUUUGUAUUAGGCUGAAUUUUCACUGGACCUGUGCUGUCAUUUCACUGUAAUGUUCACAUGUUGUCUAUUGAGUGUCUUGUGUGUGCACAGGUUAUUCUGAGAAUUAGACUGUGUUAUCACUCUGCCUUGUGUAUAGUCAGAUAGUCCAUGCAAAGGCUGUAUAUAUUGAACAUUAUUUUUGUUGUUCUAUUAUAAAGUGUGUAAGUUACCAGUUUCAAUAAAUGAUUGGUGACGGA